AUGAAUCAUGAUCAGCAAGACAAACCAUCCUUCUUUGCUCUCAUCAAAGGAAAUAUCAACCAAUUGAAAGUGCCACCAAAGAUUGUUAUGAAUUUGGGUGAAGAGUUAUGGAAAAAUGAAUCAAUCAUUCUGAUAGGCUCUUCUGGUGAGAAGUGGCAAGUGAGUAUUUUGAGGAAAGAAAAUGACAUGUAUCUGCAAAACAUUGGCUGGGAAAAGUUUUUGAAGGAGAAUUCGAUGAUGAAUGAAGAGUUCUUAUUUUUCACAUAUAAUGGAGAGAACAGGUUCCAGGUUGGAAUUUUCAGUCGGAAUGGAUUAGAGAGGCCAAGCUUCAAGAAAGCAGAAGUUGCUGAAGAAGCUCCAACUGUGGUCAAGAGAAAGAGGGGUAGACCAAGCUUGAAGAAAGAAGAAAAAGUUUCCUUUGCCGCAGAAGCUCCAAUUGUGGGCAAGAGAAAGAGAGGUAGACCAAGAAAAAAUCCUGCUGCUGAGACAGCAUGUGGCAAGAAAGAAAAAGAAAAAGAAAAAGAGGAAGCUAGAGCAACACUGGUGGCUAAGAAAGAAAAAGAAAAAGAAGCUCCAGAAACAAUUGUGGCUAGGAGAAAGAAUGAUGAACCAAGAAAAAAUCUUGCUGCUAAGAGAGUAUGUGUCAAAAAAGAAAAAGAGGAAGCUGUAGAAACAAUGGAGAGUAAGAAAAACAAGGGAAGACCAAGAAAAAGUGCUACUCCUUCUCCUCCUGUUGUUAUUAUAAUAGACUGA